UGUAGCUGCGGCUCUGAGAGAGGUAGAGGCAGAGUUUGAGCACACUGCAGAGGGAUUGCAGCUAUGGGGAACGCGCAGGAGAAACCUCCGGGCGGCGGAGGAGGGGCAGCGAGCGCGGAUCAGGCCACAGCAGGGAGUGGGACACGAAGCGGGGGUGGGAGCAGCGGGGGAAAGCCUCACAUGGCUCCAGAGAAGGGGGCGGUCAAUGGCACUCAGAGAGAAAACAGCCCUGCUGGUGGGCAAGAGAAGAAGGAGGACAGCCCUGCAGUGGACACAAGUUACCUGGAUGCUCCCGCCGGGGCCCUGCCUCCUCACCUGGCCCGGCUCAAGAAUGAAGGGAACCAUCUCUUCAAACACGGACAGUUUGGAGACGCCUUGGAGAAGUACACCCAGGCCAUUGAAGGAUGUGCUGAAGCAGGCAUUGAUAGUCCAGAGGACCUGUGUAUUCUCUACUCCAACAGAGCAGCCUGUUACCUGAAGGAGGGAAACAGCACAGACUGCAUACAGGACUGCAACAAGGCUUUGGAGCUGCAGCCCUAUUCCUUGAAGCCUCUGUUGCGUCGAGCCAUGGCCUAUGAGUCACUGGAGCGCUACAGAAAGGCCUACGUGGAUUAUAAGACCGUCCUGCAGUUAGACACAGGGAUACAGGCGGCUCACGACAGCAUCCACAGGCUCACAAAGAUGCUGAUUGAGCAGGAUGGACCCGAGUGGAGACAGAAGCUUCCAGAGAUUCCCGUCGUCCCCCUGUCUGUGCAGUUGCAACACCGAGAGAAACCAAUCAGCAUUGAGCAGGCCCAGGCCAGGGCCGCCAGAGCAGCCCAGGAGGAAGCCAGAAGAAAAGAAGCCCACUUCACUUUGCUUAAACAGGAAGGCAACAGUCUGGUCAAGAAAGGCCACUUCCAGGAGGCCCUGGAGAAGUACAGUGAAUGUCUCGCCAUAAAACCUGACGAAUGUGCGCUCCACACAAACAGAGCCAUCUGUCUCCUGAAACUGAAUCGGUUCGAAGAGGCCCGGCAGGACUGCGAUUCGGCGCUGCAGCUGGAGCCGAACAACAAGAAAGCCUUCUACAGACGAGCCCUGGCUUUUAAAGGUUUACAGGACUACCUUUCAGCUAGCAGUGACCUCCAGGAAGUCCUCCGACUGGACCCAAACGUCCGGGAGGCGGAGCAGGAGCUCGAGGUGGUGACGGGCUUGCUGAGACAGAGCCUGAUGGACAACACCGUGCACACACCAAGGGUUUGAUGUCUCCUGCUGGUUCACAUGUGGAGACAGGUGUGGACACUUACCAUACUGCUGCAGGACUUUUAAAGCAAUCGGCUACAGCAAGUAAGCAGCGUAGAAAUGCAAAUGACUAUUUUUGAACUCCUGGGACGAGAACCGUGGACGACCAGCUUUUCAGCUCUGCUUCAUCUGCAAUGUGUGCGAACCACACGUAACUCCUGAGUACACAAGCUUACAUAACGGUAAGCUUUAUUUAAAGAGGCUAAUGUCAAGGUACUUGUGACCCGCUCGCACUAUAAAUCAUUCACGUUAUGAUGUAAUGUCCAGUUUCAUGUAACAGGCUCCAGAGCACUCUUACUUGUUAAAGAGUGUUGAGAGGGGGGAAAGAGAGUGCGUAUCAAGCGUGCCUUACUGAGAUUUUUACCACAGUUAGGAUGAAAUGCGCCAAGAUUAAAUGUUUAAUUUUGAUUGCGUUUUUUUAAAUCUGCUUUGAAAGGAAUGGAUCAGUGCAGUGCAGGCAGUGUGUGUUUGUGUGUUGCACAGCAAGAUAUGAAAGCUUCAGCUAUUUUAUUCCAAAGCGUUUGUUAUUGUUUACAUGUAGUGUGAUAAGAGCUGCUAUUAAUUUAAACAAGAAGCCAACAACAUCACAUAAACUAUCAUCACUAUUAGUGUUGGGAAGUGCCCUAAAAGGCACUAACGUGAAUUUAAGCUUCACCGGUUAGAUUAGCUAAAAAAAAAAAGUCUGAGGUCAGCACUUUAGAGUGGACCCAUGAUGCUUUCUUUAUUUCAUGCCUGAUAAAUGCUGCUGGAAUUUCAUAUUACCACUGUUUCAAAAAAUUACAUCAUCUUUUAUAAAGUAAUCAUUGUGUUGUGUUUAACACUAGCGCUGAGCUGAUGUCAGCUCGGAAUACCCUUCCUUAUAUGGUCAAUCAGCUCUAGCUAUGCCUGAAUAAGGAGGCGGAGCUAACAAGCACUGGGUUCUGUUUAGAAGCAAGUCGAAGGGCAGCCAAUCAGAAUUUGGGCUUAUAGUGAGGGGGAGGGGG